AUGUCCUCGAGACUCGCCACCCAUGCUGUCUGGCGGGACACUGUAUUUGCAGAGGCUCUGCGCCACGACUAUCUUUUGCACGGCUUGAUGGCCACCUCGGCACUGCAUAAAGCGACUUUGCUGCUCAAGUCGCCGGACGCAUCGGCGAAGUACUCCAAGGUGGCGCUGGCUCACCAGAACACUGCUUUGGCUGGAUUCAUUCCGGCUGUCAGCAAACCCAAUCAGGAAAACGGUAUCGCUUUAUUCUCCUUCUCCCUUCUUCUCACCAUAUGGGCAUUUGCAUCGAAAAAGCUCCCCGAGGGCCUGAAUAGUGUGAAGCUUGACCUUGGCACGGGCGAAUCAUCCCCAGGUAUCACUCUUCCACUGCACUCGCCGACGGCCGACUUCAUUGAAAUCAUCAUGAUUCUCAGAGGCAUAUAUGCGGUGAUUAGGGAGACAGAUAAGUGGCUUCAAGGUGACAUUGAAGAACUGUUGCGCUAUCCGCGCUCAGAAGAUUUGCCACCGCAUUCACCAGAGGUGGAGGAGGCCUUCGGCACACUUCGCAAAGCCAUUGACGAUCCUCAACUGUCGUCGCUAUGGGAGGGGGAAGACUCUCAGCCAAUUAGGAGUCUCUUCCUUGAGCAACUGGAGCAGUUGCGUGACAUCUCCAGAUGUCGGUCCGUUGUCGAGUGGGAUGGCCACAUCUUUUCCUGGCUGAUCAUGGCACCACCGACCUUCAUCCAUUGUCUUAAGCAGAGCAACCCCAUGGCCUUGGCAAUAUUUGCUCAUUGGGCUGCCAUUUUCAGGUGUAUGGAUCAUCACUGGUGGGCACAUGGCUGGGGAUACAGCUUGGUCGUCGAUGUCUCUGGCCUGCUAGAUCCUGUCUGGGCGAGAUACUUGGAUUGGCCGAGAAGACAAGUUGGUCUCGUUUUUCAAGGCGGUGGAGCUUUUGACAGCCGCCGGAUGACUUGA